UUUGUGAUCGGAGCAAGGGGCAUAAAAUGAGAAAAAAAAAAAAAAUUGAUAUUUUUAUUAAUGAAUUAUUUAGAAUAACCCUUUGUGUUAAUUGUGGUUGUGUUUACAAAUAGCUGAAACGGCAUUUUUUCUGUCUUACUAAAUAAGCUUUUUUUUUUAAUAAAUAAAAAUAUAAUAUUUUUUUUAUUCACGUAUUUGUGGAAAUAUCUAUAUUUUUAUGUAUGAUGUAAAGCUGCAGCAUCACCAAGGUGAACUGCAGAUAACCUCAUGACGUUGCGCACAUAGUAUUGCCUGCCUAUAUAAAAUUCACGGUGGCCGCGUGUAUCUGCUGGUGCUCUGAGCCGCUGAUAAGGCUUUGCAGAUCAUCUGACUUCAGUCUAGAUGAAGGAUGAGCUUCUCGGGCAUAGACAUUGUCCAUCCUGCUGAUGCUCUCUCCUCGUCUCAUCGUAAACUCUUGUGCACCCUCUGGUGCUUGCUAGUCUCCCAAACUUCUUUGUGUAGCCUGCUUUGCAGAUUGUCUUCCUUGUCUGUGUGGUUGCUCAUUAUUCAGAGACAGACGGAUCUCAGGUCAUCUGCAGCUGCAGCGAAGGAGAAGCAGGAAAGAUGGCGAUCAUCCAUUAGACCGACCGGGCGCACGCAUGAAAUACGAGGACAACUUUCGGGAGGAUCGCUCGAGGAGAAGAUUGUACCAGUGAGUUUUUGGUUUUAAUCUCCCCUUCUUGUGAUUGUGCGUCCAGUUUCGUCAAGAUUGCUGCUGGGCUUUCAAGGUCCAAGAGAACGUCGGUGUGGUAGAUCAUGGGAUAUAAUUUGGAGAGCGCCUCGUGAAUGACCUGGAAAGAGCUGCGUGCUCGCUCGGGUUUAGUCCAGGGUCCAGACGAGGAAGUCGGGGCGAAAUUUUUUUUUUUUUUAGUCACUAGGCUGCCCAAAAAGUCAAGUGGGUCUUCUCGCUUCCCAAGCCGCUGCUUCCUCGCUUAUGUCGCCUUUCGGUUUGUUGUCAAAGUGACACAAGGAAAUGGACGCGGCGGCGGCAGCGUUGGUGGUGGUGGUAGCGCAAAGUAGGAGGCUCGCCUGCGUGUUUCGGCAGCACCGGAGCGGAGUGUUUUGUUAUUCCGCCGGCAUGUCUGGUCAAGGGAAUUAGUCGGUGGCCCCCCUCUCUCUCUCUCGCUGGUGCUUGCGCGGUAGCUUCAUGGAGGAGCCAUUGCUCUGGGUUGAUCUCCUCUCCCAGACUCCAUUAGCGACACAGAGAAGCUGCCAUAGCCGCUGGUCCAGCCACACACACACACACACUCACACACACACAGGCACGCACUCACUCACCAUGAAAGCCAUGUCCAGUGCUUUCCUAUCCCCCUCCUCCUCCCAGCUUCUAGAGAAAGAAACCUUAUCAGCUAGCGAUUUUUGGACUCCGUUCUCCACAGCGUUGGAGUUAGAUAUCUCUAAGAUAACCCACAGUUUGGUUCUACCUAUAUUAUGUUCUAAGCGUUUUUUAUUUCUUGGGUGAUUAUUGCUUCAGUGUUACCAGCUUGACUGCUUGGAGGUGCUGUUUUGCUUGUCACUGGUCUCAAGUCAGGUUUCCCUGAUUUUUCCAGGGAGUUCUCCCCCUUUUCAGUGAUGGAGGGGUUGCAGUGUGAUGGCUGUGAUUUCCGUGCCGAGUCAUAUGAGGACUUGAAAACACAUAUUCAGGAAGUGCACACUGUUUUCCUGCAGCCAUCUGACGCAGAUGAGUCGGACUCCCUGAGAGGAGAGGAUGAAGAGGAAGAGGAGGAAAAUGGGGAUAAGGAAGACAAGGAUGACAAAGAUUACACGCCUCCUAAAGCUGGAAUAAGUUCCAACUCUUCUGAAGGGCCCAACAAAACAUCACAGAAACCAACUACUGAAACUCAUCUCCCUUUUUACCAAUGUCAGUUCUGCGUCCGUUACUUUCGGUCAAAGUCGUUCUUGAGAAAUCACACCAAAAAGGUCCAUAAUGUCAGAGAGGAAAAAUCAGAUGCAAAAGUCUCCUCAGACAACGUUAAGCAGGCCAGCUACACUGUAAUAACGCACAACGAUCAUUCAAAAGUGUAUUCCUGUCAGUAUUGCACAUACAAGUCUCCGCGCAAAGCAAGGAUCUUAAAACACCAACUAAUGUAUCAUAACAAAGUUCCCUCUAGUAGCGGCAAAGCUCAACUGGAGGGCACAGAGGCUGAGGAGGAAUCUGAAGCAGGUGCGGAACUCAUCAAGGGAACAUUUCCCUGCGAAUGGUGUGACUACCAGACUGACCAGAAGGACAGCUGGACUGACCAUGUGGUAAAGGAACACAGUGAUAAGGUGAAGAUAGUUUCCGGCCCUGAAAAUCUAGAAGAACCAAGUGCAAGCUCACCCAAGCCCAGCUCUCCAGCCUCUUCCUCUAGCCCAACAAGAUCAAAUGUGAUUUUCACCGGAAAGGAAGAUUCAGUGGAAAACCCAGAACAAAUGGUGGAAAAGUCAGUUGCAGAAAUCUCAUCCAUUCAGUAUGCACAGAUUUGUGCAGUCACUCCCAACAGCACUGGUUCUUCUAUUUUGUCAAAAAGAUUUGCCUCCACCGAUGUCUCCAACAGUGUAUCACAUGUGGACACCAACAUGAUCAAUGAGGAUGACUCCAGGAGCAGCUUGGAGGACGACGACGACGACGAAGAAGAAGUGGGCGAUAUAGAUGAUCCCAGCUACACGGGAAUCCUCUCCGCAGAUGCAAAGCAACUGUUAACAGAUGGUGAUAAUAAAUUACUGGAAACUAAAGGAAUCCCAUUCAGAAGGUACAUGAACCGAUUCCAGUGCCCCUUCUGCUCCUUUCUUACGAUGCACAGGCGGAGCAUCUCCCGCCACAUUGAAAACAUUCACCUCUCUGGCAAAACAACAGUGUACAAAUGCGAUGAAUGCCCCUUUAUUUGCACCAGCCCUUUGAAGCUCGGCACGCACAAGCAGAGCCACAAUCCCUCAGAUUUAGAGACAUUGGACCUUACCGGGGAUAGCCCGGAACCUCAGAACGAUGGUACCACAGAGCCGCUUAACGGGGGCAAUAUAAGCUCCAAAAUAAACGGGAAGAAGCCAACCAGCACAUCUAAUGACCAGCAGAACCCUCAUCGCUGCACGCUCUGCAGCUUCUCUACCACCACUCUAAAAGGUCUGAGAGUCCACCAGCAGCACAAGCACUCCUACUGUGAUGACCUCGAUUCCACUGUCUUUGAAACCCAGACGAGUGACCAGCCAGACACUGAAGUGGAAGCUUCUCCAGUGUUUCUGCAAAAAACCCAGACAUCCAUAUUGGGAUCCACCACCAAGAAAACAUUAGUUGCAGGAAAAAGAGCCAGGAAGUCCAUAAAUGACCUUCCUUUGGAUCUGUCCUCUGUCAAAAAGAGAACUAGAAUUGAUGAGAUUGCCAGUAACCUUCAAAGCAAAAUAAGCCAAAGCCAGCAGGACAUGAUCAUUAACCUGGAUGACAUGGAUGAUGAAUACAAUGGGGAAAAUAAUGGCAGUGGUGACGAGAGUAAAAACGACAACAGAAACCCAGUCUUUGCUUACAACACACAUCUGUUUAAUCAAGAAUCCUCAGUCUCUCAAGAAGGAGGCAGAAUAGGGAAAAGAAAAAACAACCCCAAGUUAAAACAGAGAAACAUUCCAAUAUCUCUGACUCUGUCUGAUGAUGGUGAAAACAUUUCAGCUGAUCCCAGUGACAGCACCAUCCACGAGAACAUGGACUAUUCAGAUGAUUCUGGAACCAUGCGCUUCUACUGUAAACACUGUGAAUACCACAACAAAUCAGCUCGAAGUGUCAGCACUCACUAUCAGAGGAUGCACCCUUAUAUCAAGUUCAGCUUUAAGUAUAUCCUGGAUCCUGAAGACCAGAGUGCUGUUUUCCGUUGUUUAGAGUGCUACAUUGAAUACACAAAUUACAAUGACUUGCACCAACACUACAUGGAUCACCAUCCGGAAGCAAGCAAUGUGCUUAAUUUUAACCAACCACAUCUUUUGUACAUGUGCCGCUUUUGCUCAUACACAAGCCCCAAUGUCAGGAGUCUGAUGCCUCAUUACCAAAGAAUGCACCCCACUGUAAAAAUCAACAAUGCCAUGAUCUUCUCCAGCUACAUUGUAGAGCAAAGUCACAAGACCAGUGAAUCACAAACCCUUAGAGAGAUAUUAAACUCUGGCCCCAAAAGUUUUAACUCAUCUUCUUCAGUGCCCAGGUCCUCCUCAAGCCCUGUGCCAAAAACGGCCCCAAAGUCUCCAGAGGCCAGUGCUGAGACAGAAUCUCUAAAGGAAACUAUCAGCAAUGUGGUUGUCUAUGACUGUGAUGUGUGCUCCUUUUCCAGUGCCAACAUGCACUCAGUGUUGGUUCACUACCAAAAGAAACACCCAGAGCAAAAGGCAUCUUAUUUCCGUAUUCAGAAAACAAUGAAGGUGGUGUCAGUUGAUCCGUCACAUCCCUUAGCAAACUCCUCCUUCAGCCCUGCCAUCUCCAGCACUCCAAAACAAUCCAAUGUAACUUCAUCUGUGUAUGGAUCAGAUGAAGAAAUGUACUACUGUAAACACUGCGUGUACAGCAACAAGUCUGUGGUUGGUGUGCUGGUUCAUUAUCAAAAAAGACACCCAGAAGUGAAAGUGACAGCUAAAUACAUCAAGCAUGGUCCUCCCACUCCUGGUUUAAUGAAAUUAAUGGAUGAACUGCAAAUUGCUGCUCCCAAGCAAUUUUUGAAGCAGUUUCAAAAUAAUGGCCACGAUGGCUCGAAAAACUCCAAACUAGGUGGUGGUGAAAAAGGGGAAGAAGAACUGUUCUUUUGCCAGCAUUGUGAUUAUGGUAACCGGACUGUAAAAGGAGUGCUUAUCCACUAUCAGAAAAAGCACAGGGAAACCAAGGCCAACGCCGACCUGGUGCGUCGUCACACUGCAGUGGUGAGGAGCCAGCGCGAACGAGCACAGAUGGUCCAGUCUAGCAGUACUUCCUCUACUGCAAUCUCGGCUUCUGCUGAUAAUGAAAAUGCAACACCUAUGCGUUCCCUUAAGUGCAGACACUGUCCAUAUACAACACCCUACGUUUACGCCCUAAAGAAGCAUCUGAAGAAGGAGCACCCUACUGUUAAAGCAACAGCCAUGACCAUUUUACAUUGGGCUUACCAAGAUGGCAUUCUGGAGGCAGGUUAUCACUGCGAGUGGUGCAUCUAUUCUCAUGCUGAUCCCCAGGGCCUUUUGCUUCACUACCAAAGACGCCAUCCUGAACAUAAUGUUGAUUACGCAUACAUGGCCAGCAAGCUCUGGGCAGGGCCAGAAACCACCCAGCAAGGAAAUACGGACACAAAACAUUACAAAUGUAAAGAUUGUGCCUUUGAGGCUUGCUCUAUAUGGGACAUUACAAGUCACUACCAGGCAGUCCACCCCUGGGCUAUCAAAGAGGAUGAAUCUGUGCUUUUGGAUAUCAUCAAAGGUGAUGGCACUGUUGAAAGUUUCCAGCAGCAGGUCACAAAGGAGCAUGGACUUUUGAAUUGCCAGUCUGAUGAAGGAGUACUAGUUAUUGCCACCCCACCUCAAGAAACCCAUUCCCAUCCACGCCUUUCUAUUUCUAACAAUCCUUAUCAAUGUACUGUGUGUCUGUCAGAGUACAACAGCCUCCAUGGCCUCCUCACUCACUAUGGCAAGAAGCACCCAGGCAUGAAAGUAAAAGCUGCAGAUUUUGCACAAGAGGCAGACAUCAAUCCCAGCUCUGUUUAUAAAUGCCGGCACUGUCCUUAUGUAAACUCCCGCAUUCACGGAGUCCUAACUCACUAUCAGAAACGGCAUCCCUUGGUGAAGGUCACCGCCGAGGACUUUGCAGACGAUAUAGAGCAAAUCUCAGAAUUGCACGAAGGAGAUGACAAGUUCAAAACUCAGAGGCAGGGCUACGGUGCGUACAGAUGUAAAAUGUGUCCAUACACCCAUGGAACACUUGAGAAACUUAAAAUCCAUUAUGAGAAAUAUCACAAUCAGUCGGCCUCAGAUAUGUUCACACCCUCUCUGAGUAAUUUUGCCUCCUUCAGAGAAAACGAGCCAAUGGCUGAAUGCAGCAGCAGUAAUAUGUCAAGCACUGCUAAAGUCCAGGAGGUGAGUGAGUUGGACUUUGCCCUUUCUCAGUUACCCAUCAAUAAGCCAGAGAAACAUGCUGUAUUCAAGUGUCAGCUUUGCAAGUACUUCUGCUCCACAAGGAAAGGCAUUGCUCGCCACUAUCGCAUCAAGCACAAUAAUGUGCGUGCUCAACCAGAGGGUAAAAACAAUGUCUUUAAAUGUGCAUUGUGCUCUUACACAAACCCUAUCCGCAAAGGCCUGGCUGCACACUACCAAAAGCGCCACGAUAUUGAUGCCUAUUAUACUCAUUGCCUGGCUGCCUCCAAGACGAUGAGCGACAAGCCCACCAAAGUGAUUGCUCAGCCACCAUCAGAUGGGGAGUGCUCAGAAAUGAGCGAAGAGCUGCGUUUGGCGGUGGAGAGGCGGCGAUGUAACCUCUGCGGAUUCCAGGCCUUCAGCAGAAAGAGCAUUGUUUCGCACUACAUAAAACGCCAUCCUGGCGUCUUCCCCAAGAAGCAGCAUUCCAGCAAACUCGGCCGUUACUUCACCGUUAUUUACGCUAACGAGCCUGAGAAGGCUGAGGAAGGCGUGCCUGACGAAGAGGACAAAGAAGUGUUGGAGGUCCCGCUACAGCCUGAGGAGGACGGUGAUGAUGACUGGCUUCCAUUCAAGUGUCUGAAAUGCUACCGGUUGUCCUUUAGCACGGGGCAGCUGCUAUCUAUGCACUACAAUGACCAUCACAGCGUAGACCUUAAGAGGGAUUUCUUGGUGUCAUCUACCCCUGAGGAUGAGGAGUCUGAGUUAUACGAAUGCUCCCACUGUGAAUUGAAGUUUACGGGUCUACCUGAUCUGGCUGAUCAUCUACUGCAGCACAACGAGGAGUUUGAGAAGAGAGUUAUGAGACUGGAGAGAAAGAAGCAGGUUCUUGGCAAGCAGAAAGGAACAGAGCCGCCGGAUAAUAAACAUGAGAAGGAAAGCCUUGCAAAUAAAACCCCCAUAGGAUUCAGGUGCAACUUCUGCGUGGAGAUCCACCCGACCCUCCGAGCGAUCUGCAACCACCUUAGGAAGCACGUCCAGUAUGGGGAAGCCAAACGGGGUCGUGUCAAGCAGGAAGUCACUGACGUACCCCUGACUGUGCCCUCAAACACUCUAACCAACGGCGUCCUGGAGGAGGAUGAAGCAGCUGAAGUUGACGGCACCGACGGACCCGAAACCUCAUCGUUCAUCCCCCCGUUUUCAACUCGUUCCACCGAUCAGAACGUUGACGACGUUGACCUGGGGACCCUGGAUCCGGACGCGGAGGUUGAGGGAAGAGCGGCCGCUCUCGUGACUACCGCCAGAGCCACGGUGUCGGGGACCCAACUGAAUCACCGGCUAGCAACCGGGGGUCACGCGUGCUCCCAGUGCGACCGGGUCUUCAUGUCCAUGCAGGGGCUGAGGUCCCACGAGAGGAGCCAUUCGGCCAUGGCUUUGUUCAACAAAGAGGACAAAUACAGCUGUCAAUACUGCCAUUUCGUCUCACCCUUCAGACACAAUCUGGACAGACAUGUGCAGUCUCACCAUGGCCACCACAAGCCAUUCAAGUGCAAGUUCUGUCCCUUUAAGUCUGCCUACGCGAGCCGCUUGAAGAGCCACCUGCAUAAGGCCCACACAGGUGAGCAGUACACAUACAAGUGCUUGUCCUGCCCAUUCUCCUCUAUGACCAUCAGCCAGCUAAAGGAGCAUUCUCUGACGGACCACGGCGAGGUUCUGACCCUCCCUAAACUCCGAGCUGCCACCCAGGCUGCACACGCUGCUAUCAGGCUCCCCCGACAGGCUGCGCACACUGACCAUUCUCAUCUGACCACAGAUGAUCCGUCAGAUCUGGAGCCAGCUGAUGUUUGUGAGGAACUCACUCACUACAAGCUGGCUUCCCGGAGUCAGAUGUCUUUAAACUUUCAACCCGGCGGCUCCACACCGUGUGGCCUGCUCACAUGCGAGUUCUGCGAGUUCAGCUCCGGAUACAUGCAGAGUCUGCGGCGGCACUACAGGGACCGCCACGGCGGCAAGAAGCUCUUCAAGUGCAAAGACUGCUCCUUUUUCACCUGCUGCAAGGAUAACUUUUCACUGCAUGCCGAGGCUGGACACAGCAACAGUGGAAGCGGGGAUUUACCUAAGGAACUGCACUGCCCUCUCUGCCUCUAUCACACCAAACACAAGAGCAACAUGAUUGACCACAUUGUUCUGCACAGAGAAGAUCGUGUGGCUCCUCUGGAGAUCAGCCGCUCCAAGCUGUCGCGUCACCUAGAGGGCCUUGUGUUUCGCUGCCACAAGUGCACCUUCACAUGCUCAAGUGACCAUGCCCUGCAGCUCCAUCUGCAGAAGCAUGACGAGCUUAAGCCCUACCAGUGCCAGCUCUGCUACUAUGACAGCAGCCGCAGCAGCCAGCUAGAGGAGCACCUUCGCCUUGAGCACAAGGUCAUCCGUAACUUUGAGCUGAUGGGCCGAGUCAACCUGGACCAGCUGGAGAUGCUAAAUGAGCAAGAGAGCAGCGCAGAGGAGGAAGCUGAGAGCGAAAUUCUGGAGAUGGUGGCGGACGGAGAGGCCACCAUGCAGGGGGAGGAAGAGGAGGAGGAGGACGACGAGGUGGAUGACGAUGACGACGAAGGAAUGGAAAUCAUUGAGAACAUGGUGGAUGACCAGGAGGAGACGGAUGACAAAGACGGGGAGGAAAACAUCAGAGAGGACGGGGCAAAUGAGGCGGUGGAGGAAGAGGAGCAAGAAGAGGAAGAACUGCAGGAGGAGGAGGAAGAUGAUGAAGAAGAGGAACAAGAAGUCAAGGAGGUAGUGAAGGAAAACACUGUCCCGCAAGAAGUUCUUGCGUCUCCCAGCAGCACCAGCUCUGGGCCAAGCGGCGGAGAGAAGCGACUUCCCUGCGAGUUCUGUGGCCGCUGCUUCACCAACAGCCUAGAAUGGGAGAGGCACGUCCUGCGACACGGCAUGGUAGUUAACAACACGCGACUGGACCCCGGCUCCACGUCAGCUGCUGAGGCCUCGGCUCCGUCCUCCAGUGACUCCUUUGUUAAUGCGGACUCAAGACUGGACCUGGCCAGUAACGGCAAAGAGGACGAAGAUCCCACUGAUCUCUCACUGACAAGUCAAAGCCAGUAUGUGGAGGACAAAGAAAUGCUUCACACCAAAACGGAUCAGCAGUCUCCUUAAACUGAUUGUAGCGACUUCAUGCUUAAAACAAUUGGAAAAAAAUCAGCGCAGAAACCUUUGGGAGGUUAAAAUUGAAAGAAAAGUGACUUUUAUCAGUUGGUGCAUUAGUAGAUUUUUUUUUUAGGUGUUACAUAUAUAAGUAUUAGGUUGUGCUGCAUAAAAAACGUCUGAGCCCUUUUAAGUGGGCAGUCCCCUUGGACAGAACUUAAUAUAUUGGUAACCAAUAGUGAACAGAACUCUUUUAUCGCUGACAUUCUGGUCACAUCCACCAAGAAAGAUCCCUGCCUUGACGAAACCAAGCUAUUUAUGAAGAAUAUUGUCCAAAUCAAUAACUUAAAGUUAGCAUUUUAUUAUUUCAAGCCUCUUUUGCUUCCAGGUUUGGUGAAUUUUACCUUUAAGCCAACAAUGGGUGAAAGAGGUAAACGUUUGCCCCACCGAACAGCGACCAGUUCUUACUCCUUGGUAAAAUUUGGGACUUUUCUUCCAUCCUGUGUUAAAAAUGUGUGGGAAUAUUCCUUAGAAAUAAUGGCACCUUACCUAUGUUAGUAAAAAUCAAAAAUGAUCUUUUCCCCAUUUUAGAGAUUUUGAACAUUUUUUCCAGCCUUUGUAGCAAAUUGCUAUAAUCUAGGUCCCUUUAUAUUAUAUUAUACUGAGUAUAAGCCUUCAACCUGUGAUGCCCGACUCCUUUAACCUUUUCUUUUUGUCUGUCCUAAUGGUGAAUUUACACAACCCCCCUUUAUCCCUGUCAGAUUCAUGUUGUUAAUAGACUUAGAGAUAUGUUUCAAGUGUCAUAUCUGUAUUCAUGUCCAUUCAAAAAUGAGCUGCAACUGGCUUAAAAAUAAUGGCCUCUUGACAAAGGCUAAUUACACUUGUCUUUUCAGUGCUGAUUGUUGGAUUAGGUGUGUGCAACCACAUCUGCAGAGACCCAGACAACAUGAAUUGAACCACAGGUUUACUGGGUUACACCGUGCACAGAAUCAGACCACAGUGGGUUCAGACCUCGUCUGUGUUUUGAAACCAGUGCCUUACAAUAAAACUCCUCUACUGGCAAAUAUACUAUAUAUAGCUUAGAAUAGCUGGUUCUUUAAUGAAACCUAGAGUUUUAAUACAAAUACAUAUGUAUAUAUCUAUGUUGCUCCCCCCCCAGAGUUGAAGACAUCAUUCAACAACCAGUUCUACUUCUAUUGGUCAAACAUAGCAAACUCCUUGUUCUUUCAAGAUCAGAAAGAUGCACAUCAGUCCAGUGGCCCAAAGCGGUCGAAAGCCCCAUGGUCUCCAUGACCUUAGCGAUCGUUCAAAUGCUGCUCAGUCACUGCAGGUUUUGACUGCUCUCCUUGUUGUCUUGCAGCAAGAAGUCUUACGCAUUCUGUGUCACCUCUGCAGUAGGAUGUUUUCUGAGAGACAUGCAUGAAGCAUUUUGAACAGUAGAAGACGGUGUGUCCACCUCCGAUCUUUUAUUUUCUUCUGUUCUUGGUGAGCAAGGAUUGUCUGAGUCAUUGCUUGGUGCGAUGCUUUUUGUUGCAGCAGUGCAAUGGCAGAGCCCUCGAUGGGCGCUGGUGCUACCGAGGCUCCUGCAGAAAUCACUCAGGACUCUGCGCCCACUUCGAUGGUCAUCAUCACCAUCAUCUCACCACAGAGGUUUUGUGAACAGGGUUUUUGAUACACACCAGAAGACUUCUUCUAGAUCCUGCAGGGAACAUUCCACAUUCUGGCUGAUUUGGAGUAUCAUAGUCCAGUCUUGGAGUAGUGAGAGCUGGUCUAAUGUAUCCUUCGCUAUUAUUUGCUAAGCUUUGGUAACAAACACCAACAGUCAGAUUUCCAUUGUCAUGUUUAUUGAUGCAGUUGGCUGAAAUAUAGGUGGUAAACCUUAGACACAUUAACAUUCAGGAGGGUUACACCCAGACAAUUUCGUUCAUUAAAAAAUGGAAUUUGCAUUCUUAAGUCUUUUUUUAAAGACUUGAAUUAAAUUCUGAGGGAUACAAGAGAAAUUUUCUGCAACAUUAUGUCUGUUUGGGCUUUCAUUAGCAGUCGGUUUUGCUUUUUUAUUUUUAAGAAGACUAAAAAGUUUACUUUUUUUAAUAAUUUGCUUGCAAGUCCUUAAAAAUUAUAAAAUAAAUUUAGGGUGGAAGCAGUUCCUGUUCCGUUUUGGAAAGAAAAAUCACAGAAAAGACAAGUGUAAGCAAAGCAGAAAGUUCCAGAUACCGGUACACAUAUACCUGACUUUUUAUGAGGUAAAAGAAAUACUGUUAAACUCUUAUUCUGUGUUGAUAAACAUGUAGUAGUUCACAUUUGUGUGCUGUUUUUCUUUUCUUUUUUUAUUACUUUUAUGGUGGUUUAUCUUGUUGAUCUUGAAAAAAAGCAGAGAUUGUAUUUGUUGGAAGUUGCUGCUUAAAUGCCCUGAAGCCUUAUGAGACAAUGAUUCUGUUCAAUUCGUGUCCAAUUUGAGUAAAACCGACAGGAAACGGUGAACAAUCUGUGAUUUAAAAAAAAAAAAAAAACAGCGGAUAGCUCUGAUUUUAAAAUUUGUUCAGGAGCACAACAAAUGAAGCUGUGUUCUCGGUACCAAAAUAUUUAUGAAGCCUGCUGUCUUUGCUGCUGUACUUGUCAUUUUAUUAUGAUUAUUAUUAUUAUUAUUAUUAUUUGCAUUGAACUGUCAAUGGAGAUGGUGAAUUCUAGGUUUGGACCUCGGAAUCCUUGGAUUAUAGUUCAACAUGUAGGAACCCAGGAAAGCUACAUAUUUACAGCCAUGUAUAGAAAACAAAACUUCUUGUUAAGUGUGUUAACUGUGGUGUUUCAGAAAGGAUAAAUCAACCCUGUUUUCCUUUGGGUGGUUUUUUUUAUGUUUUUUGUUUUUUUUUCAGGGGAAGAAAAAAAAUGAAGAUAACCUUUAGAGACUUUUGAAUCUCAAUUCCAACGUUAUCGAGCUGUUGUACGUCUAGUUUCUUUUUUUGUGCAGCGAAGGAGCAGAAAGGAAGCAUAAAAGGAAACUUAUGCACUUCUCAAUAAUCGGCCAGGGAUGUUAUUGUGGCGAAUGAAGAGAUGACGCACACAAUAGUUCAUCUGGAAGCAUGAACCGCUUGGGUCCUCUUCUGAGCUUCGCCACCAUAUGGGUUUCUAGUCAGCCUAUAGAUGUAGCCGGUCCACGUCUCCAAAAUCGUGUCGCUCCACUGUGUUCUCUUAAUUAACAGAAAAUGGUGACGACUUGUUUAGACCACGUCUACCUGCUCAUAAUCUCAUAAUCUUUCCAGUCAACAAGAAGUGAAGAAAGCAGCCCUUAUUUGCUCCUCGGUUCCUGAAGUAACUUAAAUCCAGUUGAGUUGGUGCUCAAUUUUAAAAGCUGUUUUCCCGUUUUGCAGAACAGACCCGUCUCCCCUCCCAGAAGGGAAAAGCCGUUGAAAGUAGUUGUCGUAGGAAUACAGUUUUAUUGCCCAGCCCUGUGUAAACCAGAGGAUGAGUCUGGACAAGUGUGGCCAUGAAGCUGUCGGCCUGGUAUAGUUUGUUGUUCCGUGAUGAUCUUUGAUGAAUCCUUCACUGUGUUCAGGAUCCAGACUGUAAAAAUCCCCAGUUUACCAAAUGUCCCCACCCUUGCUGAAGACACACUGGAUACUUGUAUAUAUGUUUAGUUUGUUUCAAAAGCAUUUCUCUUUUCAGACUGUUGUCUCCAUAGUUUGAAACUAGAAUCUCUCCUUGCCUUUUUUUUCCUAUAUACAUCUGAUUACCUGAUGGCGGGUUGUGAUGUUGCCUAGAAUGAUUGUUUACAAUUUUAUUCCAUUUAUCUCUGGAUAUUCUGUAAAUAUUGUAAUUCAUUGUCUUUUUUUAACUUGAUAAUAAAGUUAUCAGAAUACUGAA